AUGGGAAACACAAUCUCGUACAACGAAAAGCCCUUUGAUCUGGAUCUGGGCGACAAGGGAGUCAUCCGGGGUCUCCAGCUUGACGACAAGUCGCGUCGAUAUGCAGGCAUACCCUAUGCUCUUCCUCCAACCGGGGAGCAUCGUUGGCGCAAGCCGAGGCCGCUCCCAUCAGGUUACACCUACGGAAGUGACACAGGCGGCCCAUUCGAUGCCACCAAGUUCAGAGCCGUAUGCCCACAAAAGGCAUUCCAUGUCGGCAAAGCCGAGGGCGGUGAUGGGGCGUAUAGUGAAGACUGCCUUUUUGUCAACAUAUGGACUCCUGUAGGGAGCGAAAGGCAGAGCAAGUGGCCCGUCAUGCUUUGGUUGCAUGGUGGAUGGUUUCAGAUGGGUGACCCUUCACAAGAACCCGGCAUGGAUCCUACAGAGCUCAUUUCCACCGGUGGUCUCAACGCCAUCGUCGUGGCCAUAGGCUAUCGCCUUAACAUAUUUGGCUUCCUUGCUGGUCAAGACCUAGUCGAGGAGAGUGGCGGCGUCUCUGGAGGAAACUUUGGGCUCUGGGACCAGCGGAUGGCGGCCGAAUGGGUCAAGGAAAACAUCUCCUUGUUUGGAGGCGAUCCGGACAACAUCACACUCGCAGGGCGAAGCGCCGGGGCCUACAGCGUCGAGGCUCAGAUGCUACACGAAUUCCGCCGGCCGAGUCAAGGGACUUCCCUAUACAGGCGCAUCUUUAUGGAUUCGAAUGCGAUACCAGCACAGCCCAAGUCCCUGAAGGAUACCCAGGCUCAGUUCAAUGAGCUGUGUCGGCACUUUAGGAUACAAGAAUCGUGGCCUGCCGAUAAAAAGCUUACGUCCCUGAGAAAACUCGGCGUUCAGGAACUGAUCGAAGCCAUCCCCAAGCUGACGCACCACACAUUCCGACCAGUCACUGAUGAUCUCUUUAUUGACUCCGGAAUGAUGGAGUAUCUCGAGAGCGAAGACUUUGCCAACGAGUUCAAGGCCAGGGGAUACAAGAUUCUCAUCGGCGAAGUUGCCAACGAGGAGACUCUGUACUCGACAUAUAAUAGUCCAGAAGAACCAACUCUGGGGUCUCUCAAGAUCCAAGUGACGAACUACUAUGCACCGGAAGUCACAGACAGGGCGAUUGACUGCUAUCCGCUACCUACAUCCAAUGACUUGGCUCUUUGGAAGAAGCUCUUUGGUAACAUCGUAUCUGAUGGUCAGGUAAGAGCGCCGUCCAGGGCACUGGUGAAGCACCUGGAGGAGAAUGGGGUGAAUAUCCACGAUAUAUGGCGCUAUCAGAUCGCCUACCGGCUAUCGUUCAUCGAUGAGACAGUGGCACCGUUGUCAUUUGGAGUUGCACACGCAAUGGAUAAGCCCUUCUGGAACUUCUCGAUAUCAUACGGUCCGACACCCAAGGAAAGGCAACUCAUGGCUGAUUGGAUUCGGAUCCUGGUCGCCUUUGUCAACAACGACGAAACUUACGAGUACGGGUCCAAAACGGUGCAAGAGAUGAAGGUUAUCACGCCGGAAGGUACUAUCGAGGUUCAGAAGGAUCAGCGUUGGGAUGAGCUUGUUAGAAUCGGCAAUAUCUUUAGCGGUGGCAAGGCAUAG